UGAUUGGUCGAUUUCCAAUAUUCCGCCAUAUUCAAACUUCCGCCGUGGUGUGUGUUCUGUUGUCAUCGAUCUUCUGCUUUCUUUGUACAAAUUGGGACAGUUUUCACUCGUCUGCGUUUUAUCGUUUGUUCGCUUAGCCAUAACUUCGUCUCGGUUUAGCCGAUUUCAAAAUAAAGCCUUCUGCAAAAUGGAAGAAAAUGAAGAAUUAAGCGGCGGGACCACGGACAACAAAAAGCAUAAACUGCGUAGGAUGUCAUCUAGGACGUCCAUUACCAGUGUCAUAAGCGCUGCAGAGCCCUCUCCACAAACACUCCGGAGAAACAAUUCAAAGAAACCUCCACUACAGAGAGUAAGCUCCUUCACUUUCCUCACUCCUGGGACUCCAUGGGACUUCAGUCUAAAGAGAAAACGCAAAGAGAAAGAGGAUGACACAGUCAGUCUUUCCAGCUUCGACCUCAAGGAGCCCAGUAACAAGCGUGUGCGGUCGCUGGCCAAAGUUUCAUCCCUUGUCAACUUGAUAUCUCCCUCAAAGAAUGGAGCAGUGCGUCGCUUUGGCCAAUCCAUCCAGUCAAUGUCAUUACGUGGUGAUACCAAGUCACCAGGGAUGUCCCUCAAAGCCAGCAGCAAGACAGCAGGUCCCACUCCCACUAAGCGCAGAAAUAGUACGCUGUGGUCGGAGACACUGGACGUCCAUCAGAAGAGUACAUUCUCUGCCAAAGAGAUCAAGAGACAAGAGGCAAUUUAUGAGCUUUACAGGGGAGAGCAGGAUCUCAUCGAAGAUCUCAAACUUGUACGAAAGGCUUACCAUGAUUCAAUGCUAAAACUCUCCAUUAUGACAGAGGAUGAGCUAGCUCAUAUAUUUGGGGACCUGGAUGCAUACAUCCCCUUACAUGAAGACUUAUUGAUGAAAUUGACAGAGGGAACUGGCCCUGAUGGAACAGUAGCUCAGAUUGGGCAGAUAGUUAUAGAAUGGCUGCCUGGACUGAAUGCUUACAAGGACUACUGCAGCAACCAGUUUGCAGCCAAAGCCUUGCUGGACCUGAAAAAGCAGGACAGGCAGGUGCAGGACUUCCUGCAGCGCUGCCUGGAGUCCCCCUUCAGCAGGAAGCUGGACCUCUGGAGCUUCCUGGACAUCCCACGUUCACGCCUUGUGAAGUACCCACUGCUGCUGCGAGAGAUCCUCAGACACACUCCUCCUGACCACUCAGAUGUAGCCAACCUGGAGAGAGCUAUCACUAUAAUCCAGGAGAUUCUGUCUGAUAUCAACAUUAGUAAAGGGGAGUCUGAGUGCCAGUAUUAUAUAGACAAACUGGAGUAUCUUGAUGAUAAGCAGCGGGACCCUCUCAUAGACAACUGUAAGACCCUGCUUUGUCAUGGUGAGCUGCGAAACAAGAGUGGCUCGAGGCUGCAUGUGUUCCUCUUCUCGGAGCUCUUGGUUCUGACCCGACCGGUGACGCGGAAUGACAGGAGCUGCUUCCAGGUUUAUCGACAGCCCAUCCCAGUUCGGGACUUGGCUCUAGAGGACCUGCAGGAUGGAGAGACCCGCAUGGGUGGGUCCUUCAGAGGGGCUUUCACCAAUGUAGAGAAAGCUAAGAAUAUUUUUCGUGUGAGUUCUGUGGAUCCAUCCCAUGGUCAGUCCCACACCCUGCAUGCCAACGAUGUCUACCACAAACAGCAGUGGCUCAACAGCCUUCGCACUGCGAUGGCCCAGCAACAGAGGGCUCCACCUCUUCAGAAAAGAGAAGCUGUCAGAGCCAAGCGUCAUUCCUCCACUAUCUCAGCCACGAUCCAUGACAGGGAGACAGAUGAGAACUGUCCACCUGUCUGUGGCCCUAAACUCAGGCCUCAGACACUCUCCAAAACCAGACUAGACCAGAGGUUACAAGGCUCGCUAAAGAGGAAGGAGACCGGAGUGUAGACAUUUACCCAAGAGUUCAAGGUUUCCUCUCAGACAGGCACAUGUACACAACAUGUGUCCUGUUUGGUCACACGUGUCUGUUUGUGAAUAUACAGGCAACCGCUGUCUUUGUGCUUUUGCUUUGUCUUUGUAGCUGCACUGAAGAACCCUUUUUCAAUCAUUUCCGUCCAAAUGUAUAUGAAAUUUUAGUCUAUACAAAGUGUAAUUGGUUUACAAAAGAAAAUGACGUGACAGUGUUGCUGAAAUGUAUGUUUAUACCAGUUAAAUGUGUGUGGAAUUAGGGUUUUAUGUGUCUACCUAAAUUAAAACAACUUUAGACCACUUGUAGCUCAUGAAAUUUAGCAUCAUUGUUCAUUCCAGUGUUGACACAUUUAAACUUUCUUUGUUUUGUUUUGUUUUCUUUUUUUGCUGUAAUCAAAAUGUCAUAGCCUCAAUAUUAUAAGCAUCAUGUGUGCAGUUGUGAGUGUUAUCUGUGCCAGGAUAAGGGAUCAAGAAACUGGGAAAGUGCGAUGGCCUCAGCUUCAGCGAGUCUAAAAAUGUUUGCGAAUAAAAGUGACUUAAUGAGCAGAACAUGAUUAAUAAUACUGACCAUAGAGACCAUAAGGUAAAACUUUUAAACAAUCAAAGGAAUCUAGAUGUAUUUAGUUGUUACUGGAAAAAAAAAAAACAAUAAACCAUUUGGAUUGUA